AUGGGCGUGGAGGUCGAUGCCGCUCCUGCGGUGGAGCACGGCGUGCGGCGGGGACUGGCCGCGCACGGCCGCAGCGUGAGCGCCAAGGAGGGCGUUAUUUAUCGAUCCAACGCGCACGCCGCGUCCCUUCAACCUCGCUCGAGAGCCGGCGCCAUGGCAGCAGCGCCGUCUGCGGAAAUCCAGGCGAAGGAGAGUAAAGACGACGGGCAAGUGAAGCCCUAUGGUGCGGGCGGAGGGGCUCCUCUGUCUCCUGGCGCCGAUGCUUCUAAGGCGUGCUUCGAUGGGAGCGGCGGCAAGGGCCUGCGCGCGACUGCUUACGACGAGCACAGCAACACGAUGCGCGGCGGAGCUGGCGCACCAGGAGGCGACGGGGGAGCGCGCGGAGCCGCGCAGGCGGAAGGGAUGGCCGAUUUCCGCACGUGGCUCGAGGACCAGAUUAGGUUUAGCGAGUCGCUAUCCAUGAUGAGCGCGGCCAUGGCUGGCUCGUCCUCUAAAGCCGCUGGUUCAGUUCCGCGCACCCGCUCCGCCGCCGUCGUGUCCCUUGCGCGCCUCCCUUCGCUCCCGCUCUCCUCGCACGCCGCCGGGAGCACCGCCGCCGCCGCCGCGUCGCCCACGGCGGAUGGAGCAUCUGGGUCCGAUUCCGCGCUUCCCGUAUCUGGUCCGCUGUUGCCCCCUAACGCCGUUGUUCCGCUGACUCUUGGAUCCGCCUCCGGCGCCUCUUCCGGCGGAUCUGGCGGCGGGGGCAUGCUGCUGAGCCGCUUCUCCCCGCUUCGCGCUCUCGCUCGGGUAGCGGCGCGCCGAUCGCGCUGCUGCUUCUCCAUGCACGUGCACGGCAUCAGCGGCCUCCCGCCAGCGUUCAACCGUCCGCCCAGCGGAGCCGCGAAAAAUGGCGGCGGCGGCGGGGGGGGCUGGGAGGCUGUGGUGACGUGGCAGCGGCGCGGAAUGGCGGUGGGAACGAGCUUCGCGGAGGUGAACGAGGGGGUGGUGAAAUUCGAGCAGAUGCUUCAGUUAUCGUGCACGCUUUACUUCUCCUCCGGUCCCUCGUCCACGCUGCGCUUUCAGGGCAAGCCGUCCACCGUGGUUGUCCGCGUGCUCGACCGCUCUGGGGGCGGAGCCGGCGGAAGGAGCGCGGGCGCGGGCGCGGGGGGAGCGGCGGAGGGUCGGAUCGGCAGCAGCUACGAGAUCGGACGGCAUCUGGUGGAUCUCUCGCGGCUCGUCCCGCAGUCGCUUGUGGAAACGGAGAUCGGGCCGCACACGCUCUCGUUCCCGCUCGACGGCCCCGCGAAAGGCGCCGUGUUGCUCGCUACGUUCGGGUACGAGUUGCAGAUUAACCAGCACAGCAGCGGUGGCGGCGGCGGAAGGUACGGGGAGGCGCGGGUCGCGCGCGCGGAAAGCCGCGCGUUCCGCGCGUUCUCGCUCCCUAGCAGCGCGCGCACCUCCCCCAGUUCAAGCCCGUCGCGGUCGUCGGGGUGGGCGGGCGCCACGACCGCGACUUCGUCGUCUAGCGCAGCGUGGGAGGCGCGGAGCGGCGGAGGAGAGUGGGGGAUGGAGGAGGGGCAGGGGGAGACCCCGGGGGUGGAAGAGGGGCCUGAGGCAACGUCGCUAGAGCGAGAGGGGGAAGAGGGGGUGGGGGAGGUCGGGGUGGGGGCGGGGGAAGUUUACGCUGGUGGGGAAGGGGAAGUUGAAGCGGAGAGCGCAGUGGGUAAGGGUGGGGGCGGUGAGGGCGGAGAGAGAGCGGAGGGCGGAGGAGAGGUAGAGUCUGUAGUGGUGAGAGAGGGGUGGGGUGCGACAGAGGAUGAGAGAGCGGGUACUGAAGGGGAAGGUGGGGGAAGGGACGAGGGAGGUAAGGGCGGAGUGGGUGUGAGUGGUGGAGGGGAAGGGGGGGGGGCGACUGAGGAUGUUGGAAAUAAUGAAACACAGGAUGAUACUAUAAUGGAUGUGAUUGAAUUGGAGGAUCUUGUAGCGAUUGAGUCGUCAGAGGGGGCUGAGUCACCAUUCACCGCACGGGUCCCAGCCAUUUCUUCCGCUGGCGCUGCUGCUGAUUCCUCGCUUUCUGCGCCACAUGCAGCACCAGCAGCAGGGGUGGCUAGCGAUGGGGCUGGGGGAGCGGAGGAGGAAGAGGGAGUGCUGGAGGAGGAGAUGGAGGCAGUUACUGAUGAGUUCCUGGCUCUGCUUCUGGAAGGGCAGCUGAGUCCAGAGAGGGAAGGCGACAAUCCAGGCCGCCCCAGUGGCAGCAGAAGCAGCAGUGUGAAGGGCGCCGGCAGCAGUGGUGCUGUGAGUGGUGCGGCAGCAGUUGGCGGUGUGGCGGGGGGUGGUGGGCUUGUGCUAGCAAGCUCGACUCUGUCGCACAGUGGCAUGCUCACAGUGGGGAACAAUGGGCUCUGGCUGGAUAAGAUUCCGGAGGAGGAGGAAGGAGAGAACUCUCAUGGCUUCCAUCUCUCUUGCCUGUGCUACGCCCUUCUGCAGCUUGCCAACGUCAGUUCCCUGUAUCCCUUCUGUCGUAGCGGCCAAGCCUUCACGCGCUCCUGUUUCGGUCACCUUUCGUGUGCAAAAUAA